UAUUUUUGAGACAGAGAGAGACAGAGCAUGAACAGAGGAGGGUCAGAGAGAGAGGGAGACACAGAAUCCGAAGCAGGCUCCAGGCUCUGAGCUGUCAGCACAGAGCCUGAUGCGGGGCUCGAACUCACAGACCGCGAGAUCAUGACCUGAGCCAAAGUCGGAAGCUCAACCCACUGAGCCACCCAGGAGCCCCACUUCUUACUUUAAAAGUCGUUAAAGAAGCAAACUUAAAAAACGAACAAAAAAAAGUUGCCAUUUCAUUAACCCUUCAGCCCCAGAUAAAAUUUUGCUGAAAUUACUCAUUGUUCUUUUCUUCAGCAAAUAUGUAUUGAGAACCUUCGCUGUGUUGGCCCUUAGGGUAUGAGGUGAUUCCGUGUUUCUGGUUUCAGGGAGUUGACAGAUAAGCAGUGUGGACCUGACUAAGUAAGGACUUGCUACGAACUGGCUUCUGGAAGUGCUGCCUCAGGGACUCUUUGACCGUGACCAUUUUCUUUCAGGGAGUUAGUUUGAAGUGAUUUGUGUUGCCAAACCGAACGCUUGUUUUCCUGCAAGAUGAAAGGAGACAGCCAUGAAUGAGCCACUGGACAGUUUUGCAAAUGCUUCUUCCGACUUCCCCGAUUUUGCAGCGCCUUUUGGAAAUUGCACUGAUGAAAAAAUCCCACUCAAGAGGCACUACCUCCCUGUAAUAUAUAGCAUCAUCUUCCUGGUGGGCUUUCCAGGGAACGCAGUAGCGAUUUCCACUUACAUUUUCAAAAUGCGGCCGUGGAAAGGCAGCACCGUCAUUAUGCUGAACCUGGCCUGCACAGACCUGCUGUAUCUAACCAGCUUCCCUUUCCUGAUUCACUACUAUGCCAGUGGCGAAAACUGGAUCUUUGGGGAUUUCAUGUGCAAGUUCAUCCGCUUCGGCUUCCAUUUCAACCUGUACGGCAGCAUCCUCUUCCUCACCUGUUACAGCAUCUUCCGAUACUUCGUGAUCAUUCACCCCAUGAGCUGCUUUUCCUUUCACAAGACUCGAUGGGCCGUGGUGGCCUGUGCUGUGGUGUGGAUCAUUUCCCUGGUGGCCGUCAUUCCCAUGACCUUCCUGAUCACUUCAACCACCGGGCCCAAUAGAUCGGCCUGCCUCGACCUCACCAGUUCGGAUGACCUCGCCACUAUCAAAUGGUACAAUCUAGUCUUGACUGCAACUACUUUCUGCCUUCCCCUGGUGAUAGUGACACUGUGCUAUACAAUGAUUAUCUGCACCCUAACCCAAGGACCUCAGAAUCACAGCUGCCUUAAGCAGAAAGCUAGAAGGCUAACCAUUCUGCUACUCCUCGUGUUUUACAUAUGUUUUUUACCCUUCCACAUCUUGAGGGUCAUUCGGAUCGAAUCUCGACUGCUUUCAAUCAGCUGCCCCAUCGAGAAUCAGAUCCAUGAAGCGUACAUCGUUUCUAGGCCGUUAGCUGCCCUGAACACCUUCGGUAACCUGUUACUGUAUGUGGUGGUCAGUGACAACUUCCAGCAGGCCCUCUGCUCGAUGGUGAGAUGCAAAGCCAGUGGGGACCUGGAACGAGCAAAAAAAAUCAGUUACUCAAACAACCCUUGACAUACUUCAUUUAGUCAACCAAGAAGAAAAGCCUGCUGAUAUUUUAACUUCUAAGUCCAGAACGGCUCCCUCAGUGGCUCUCAGGAAAUAUUGUAUGUUCAGGUAAUCACGUGCCAAAGCCAAGACGGGGCUACCGGGAGUUCUUGGUAACCUGUUUAUUGAGAUCUUCCCUAGGGUAGAGGUAAGAAUGGGAUACAUGCAUAUCAGCAGAAGAUUCACAUGUAGAAUCCAAACUAUUAGAAAUCAGGGACAUCUUGCAAAACAUCUAGUCUUGGGGCACCUGCAUGGCUCAGUUGGUUAAGCCUCCAAAUCUUGAUUUCGAUUCAGGUCAUGAUCUCGAAGUUCAUGAGUUCGAGCCCCUCACUGGGGCCUGCACUGGCACUGAGGAGCCUGCUUGGGAUUCUCUCUCACCCUUUCUCUCUCUGUCCUCCUCAGCUCUCACUUUCUCUCUCUCUCCUCUUUCUCCAAACAAAAAAAUAGAUAAACUUAAAAAAAAGAAAAACAUGCCCUAGAUCUGUCAGGAAGUUAGUGCCAAGAUUGGGGAAAACCAAGCUACUCACUCAUGGUUUCAUGCCCCCUUCAUACUGGGGCCUGUUUGUGUUGAACCCCCAGACUAUCCAAGGCAUUAUUUAUCUCUUUUUCAGUAUUCUUUUUGUUUUCAUUUCAUAGCUUUAAAACUUACUCUUUCAAACUUUGCUUUGAGGCCAUUAAACUGCGUUUCUCACAAGGCUUUAGUCAAGUAGAUUCAAGGUGGUCAGUACAAUUCACCUGAGACACCCCAAAGAUGUCAGUGCAAAUAACAACAUAUGUGGGUCAUUAUGUCUGUAUUGUUGUAGGUCGUUUUAAAAGUUGCUGCUGAUUUAUAAAAAUGAUCAACUAAUACUAGUUAUUAUCACCACAUCCUGGGGAAGGAGGAGCCACUUCUUGGGGAAACAGAAGUCCUUUUAAAUACCUUGUAUAUAGGGGCGCCUGGGUGGCUCAAUCGGUUGGGUGUCCAACUUCGGCUCAGGUCAUGGUCUCACUGUUUGCGGGUUCGAGCCCCGCGUCGGGCUCUGUGCUGACCACUUGGAGACUGGAACCUGCUUCGGAUUCUGUGUCUCCCCCUCUCUCUGCCCCUCCCAUGCUCAUGCUCUGUCUCUCUCUGUCUCUCAAUAAUGAAUAAAUGUUAAAAAAUUUUUUUAAAUAUCGUGUAUAUAUUGGAUGUUAAGUAAAAUCUAACGUCGUCAUGAUUUCUGUGGAAAACGAUUCUCGGAAACACCGAUUCCCUUUAGAUAACGUUCUCUUUUGUGACUCUCUUGAAAAUAUGUUAUCUAUUUAUUUUAACAGCUAAAGCUAUUUUUGAUUUAUGUGUGUGCCUAAUUAUCACAAUAUAAGUUGAAAUAAUUUGAGAAAAAUGCUCAGUCUGGACAUUUAAAACCUUAGUAAAUGUGUCGAUACAAUUAAUAAACUAAUUUAUAAAUUUUUUAUGUUUGCUUUUGAGAGAGAGACAGAGCAUGAGCAGGGGAGGGGCAGAGAGAGAGAGGGAGACACAGAAUCUGAAGCAGGCUCCAGGUUCCGAGCUGUCAGCACAGAGCCCGACGCAGGGCUCGAACUCACAAACCGCGAGAUUGUGACCUGAGCCAAAGUCGGAUGCUUAAGCAACUGAGCCACCCAAGUGCCCCAAUAAACUAAUUUAAAGACACUGGAUAAAUACUGAAUAAGCUGGUAGUAUUUUUCUGUGAAAGUGCAGCUUUACCACCAUUAUAUAUAUUUACAUGAAGCUUACGUUCUCCAUGUGUAGAGAGCAAAACUGUUUGUGACUUUCAGGUUCUUCUAGAACAUUACAUCUGACUUAGACCUAAGUAAAGAUGUGCUCUGGGAGCCUCUGCCAGGCUUGCAGGGGGAAGAAAGAGGCAGGCCGAAGGCUCCGCACAUGGAUGUUUCUGGAUGAUGACACUGUCUCCACCACCCACCUUCUGAGCCAUCGUCUCCAGGGCCUUUCCAGAGCAUAAGGAACGAGUUGUUUGACUGGAGGGCUUGACUUCCUCAUGCGCGUUGGCUGCACAGCAUGAAACAGCAUUCAGAGGCCCGCUGGGAACCUGAAGGCCGGGUAGCUCUCCUUCCCAUCUACCCAGUGUCCCGCCCUCACCAAAGUGUGGACAGGUCAGCCUCUGUACCACAGCUGUUAUUAUUCUAGCCCGGGACGCAAACCCCUUUCUGUCUCUAUUCUUUCUUAUUUCAAAGAUUUUACCCACCAGAAAAAAAGCCACCCGAAUCUCCUUUAUGUCUGUCUCAACUGUCUCUGUAGAAUCUUUUUUAUCCUUUUCCUUCUUCCCACAAACGUACAGAACAGUAAAUCAUUUCUCUUUCUGAUUCCAAUUCUUCCACUGUGUCUUUGGUCCUUACUCUGCUGUCUUAGGGAUUUUACUCUGCCACUGAAUCCUAUUUUCUCAAAUUUUUAACAUUUCUAUUACCUUGGAUAACCGACCUUAGUUUGGGAACAUGCAUAAUAUUCCUUUAUCCUCAAAAUACCUUCGCUCACUCAGCUGUGUUAUUCUUUUAUUGGCCUUGCUCCCUGCAGGUAUGGGUCAGGUGCAGAUGACAGUCUGUCCUCCAGGGUUCUGCUGAUAGAAUAUAAUCGCAAAGAUCCGAGCUAAAUUAGACUCAAAGGGUCAGUCUUAUUUUCCAAAGUAAAGAGUUCUGGGCUAAUUGUGUUUGGAACUGAGGCCAAAAGAAGAGAUUGAUGAUACUCCCAAGACUAGAAUAGGACCCGAAUGACCUUGUCUCAUAGUUGUAGGCCAAGAAAGUACGGGGACAAAAGAGCAGAGCUCUGACUGUCUGCCAGAGAGGGAGCUGCUGGGUCUUCUCACCAUAUGAGGAAUCUAAGUUCAAGUCAGGCCCAAUGUGCUUGAGUGCAGGGAAUCUAGAAAAAACUGUUCCAAACUUUAGCGACGCGAUAACCCCUCCACUUUGUUUUUAACUGUCGAUCAUAGAAUUUUUAAAAAAAUGUUUUCUUUUUAAUUUUUAUUUUAGAGAGAGAGAGAGUGUGAGCGGGGGAAAGGGACAGAGGGAAAGAGAGAGUGCACAAGAGAGCAUCUCAAGCAGACUCCAUGCUCAGCAUGGAUCCUGACAUGGGGCUCAAUCCCCCGACCCUGGGAUCAUGACCUGAGCUGAAAUCAAGAUUCAGACGCUCAACCGACUGAACCACCCAGGAGCCCCUAUCAUGGAAAUUUAAAUGGUCAAAGAAGUAGAAAAAGUAACAAAAUGACCUCCCAUAUCCAUGACUGAAUGUCACCAGUAACCAACAUCCUGCCAUUCUUGUUUCAUCCAUUCCCCCCACCCUUUUGGUUUUUUUUGCUAGAAUAUUUAAAAGCAAAUCCUAGGAAACAUAGUAGUUUCACCUAUAAAUGCUUCAACAUUGAUCUCUUUCAAAAAGCAGAAAACCAAACAAAAUAAAAAAUUAUUUCUUAAUAUUAUCUAAUAUCCAAUCCUUAUUUUCCUUCCCUUGGUUACCCCAAACAUGUCUUUAUACAGUUGGCUUUUUCAAAUUAGGGUCCAGGCAAGGUCUAUGCACUACAUGUGGUUGAUAGGUCUAUCAAAUUUCUGUUCAUCUAUUAGAGUUCCCCUUUCCUUUAUUUAUUGUCAUCUAUUUACUGAAGGGAUUGAGUCAUUUGCCCUGUGGAAUCUUCCUCAUUGCGUUUUAAUUCCGUUCGGCUGUUUGUCAUGUGGCUCCAUGCCCUGCAUUUGGUGUAAAUUAGAAAGAACUGGAGUUUAGAUUAGAUGUAGAUUCUUUUCUCCCACCCUCGCACCCUCCCUCCUCUCCCUUUCUUUCCCUCCCUCCCUCUUUCCCUGCCUCCUCUCCUUCCUCCUUUGUUUUCUUUUCACAGAAACAGGACUCCACCUCAGGAGGUAUAGGGCCUGACUGCUCUCCAUUUAACGAUUGAGCAGGGGUUUCAGGAUGUAUCAGCCUGAUCCUUGUAUCAUAAGGAUCCUUUGCCCUUCAUAGUUUUUCCGUCAUUACUUAUUGUCUGGACCCACUAGGGUGUUCACAGUGGUGACUUUUAAAAGUCUAACACCCUUCUGCUUUCAUUUGUUAAGACUUUUCUGUAAAGAUCUUUAACCCAUCAACUGUCUCUUCCCCUGCUACUCUGAGCACAGACCCACCGAUUACAUUUAGCUCCUCCUCCUCCUUUGGGAAGGCACAAAUAAGGCAUGAAAAGACAGAGUGUAAGUACUGGCAGAGUAUCCUUUCUGUAUGGGCCACAUUUUUGUUCUUUAACUCUUCAGGGUUAACGGCCAUGCCUGUGACCCACAGGGUUAGAGCUGCAGCCUUGGGGACCGAGCUGGCCUUGUUGUGCCAUGCUUCUACAAACCCACCUUAGUGCCUCUGUGUAUCUUCUUGGACUACGGCAGGGCAUUUUCACUUUCCCCUAGAGAGCUCUGAGAAGAGGGAGAACAAGGCAUUAAUAAUGACAAGGCCACGUAGCACUUGAGGCCAAAUGCUCACUUCCUGUGCUAAUUUCAUUCUUAAAUUCCACCCAGCGAACACCGUUCAAUACAAUCUACCUGAUACUAUACAAUGAGUCCAGAUGAUAUCAGAUGAUACAAGGCCAGCAAGGCAAAAAUCCCUGAAGGGUGAGAGCCCUGUUCAUUACUGAGUUCCUGGGAAGAAACUACAUUUGUUAUGCACAUUGAUCUGUCUUCUUUCAAUUCUAUUUCCUUUUCUGCACUUUCUUCUGAAUAUUCUCUAUUUAUCUUUCAUUAAUCCUGGCUUGUACUAUAGAUAAUUUGCUAUGAAACUCAUGCAUCGAAUUCCUGAUUUCAGAUAUUGUAUUUUUUUUUUAAUUUAUACAAUGUACUUUUGGUUCUCUUUAUUCUACCACUUCUGUGAAGUAGUUUUUGUUGUUGUUGUUGUUGUUGUUGUUGUUGUUUUUGUCUUUUGAUCUGUUUUGUCCCUUUCCCUAUAUUUUCUAGAACUGAAUAAUCAGUUAUUUUAAAGUCCCAAUCUAUUUGCUCCAAUGUCAUAUCACCAUUGGGUCUGCUUCUCUUGUCUGCCAUUUUGCCUGUGUUUAUGGGUCAUGGGAUCCUGUCUCCUUGAAUGUCUAUUAGUUUUUGCUUGACUGAUAAAAAUUGCCCAUAAGAGAAUCAAAGGGACUCCCCUGAGAGGUUUUUAUUUCAGUUAUUUUACUUUUUGAUUAUAAAGUUUUUAUUUAAUUCCACUUCUGAAAUUUCCUCUCACUCACUAAAUAAGUGAGAGAGUUAAAAGAAACUCUUCAAGCAUAUUUACAUAGCUCCUUUAUUAUCUUUGUCUAUUAAAUCUAGCAGGACUGGCUGUCUUGUCUUACUUCUGGUGGCUCCAGAAGGAAGCCAUUUCCUGGCAUUUUCCAGGUUCUAGAAGCCACCUCAUUCCUUGGUUUAUGGCUGCUCUUUCCAUCUUCAAAGCCAACAUCUUCAAUUCUCUCUGAUUUGUGCUUCUAGGUGACUAUCUCCUCUGCCCAACUCUGAUUCUCCUACUUCUUUUUAUUGUAUCUCUUGCAAUUACCUUGGGCCCACCUGGGUAACUCAGGAUAAUCUCUUCAUCUCAAAAUCCAUAAUUGAAUCACAUCCUCAAAUCCCUUUUCCUGUGUAAUGUAGGAUAUUUACAGGUUCCUGGGAUUAGGACAAGGACAUUUUUGGAAGGCUGUUACACAGCUGACCACAGUGGUUUCUUAAAGAGCAACUGACUCAAGUAACAAUAAUAACAAUGUAAAGUGACCUUGAGGCUGGUUUCUGAUUGCUUUUUUUUUUUCUUGGCUGUGAGACACAUCUUUCUGUUUUUCAUGUGUAAUCAUUUUUUACUGAAUACGGGAUAUUGUGAGUACAUCAUUGUAGAGAUUCUAGAUUCUAUUAUUGUCCUCUGAAGAUUGGUGACUUUUCUCUAGUAGACACAGCAUUUACUUGCUAAUCACUUUAAAAUUAUGUUGACUCGGUUCUACAAAUUUUUAAAGAACAGAUUUGUGAAAAGUCCACGAUGUUUUCCAUACCCUUCUAACACAGCAGGACCCAAAAGCCAAAUUCUGUUUCUCCUUUGGUCUUGUCCAGAUUUGGCUUUAGGCUUUUUUUGUCAAAGCAUGUCUAGAAUAGACCUUACUCUAGGGCAUGGUCUUUACAGCUAAGACACAGCUUUCUGCCGUCUCAGCAAGAUGCGUUAAUGGAGUGUUAGUGAGAUUUUUCUUCCCUGGUUGGGCCAGAUGCCCUCGCACUGCUUGACCACUGGUGUCUCUGAUGCCAUAACAGCAUCUUACUGGUGAAUAUCAAGUAGUCUCUCCUUGCAAACAAGAAUCACAGGAAAUCUGCAUAUAUUUCUGCCCCUAAGCUCCCCAUGAUUUCUUUGUCCUUGGUGCUCUGCUCCAAAUAUUUCAAAUGAUUCAACAAUGCCAAACUCUGGCCUCUGUCUCCUUAGAUCAACGGGACCACAGGACUGCUGUCUUCCGCUUAGACUUCAGAUUUCUGCACCACAGUCAGGAAAUUAUUUCCGGACAGAGAGCCCGGGUGACCGUGGUGCUUAUAGCAUUACCUCGUCUAUAGUCCCAGCCUGAAAACAUUGGAUCCUGUGUUUCGCCCGGUCCUAGUGUUGCUAACAGUGGGAGAGCCUCUCCCUGACGUUCUACUGUACCGUGUACCAGGUGGGGGAGCGGUAUCCGUGUGGAGGAUUCCUGCCUUUCUCAUUAAUGCUUUCCACAAAACAUGGGAGAUUUUAGGGGCUCCUGGGUGGCUCGGUCAGUUGAGCGUCCGACUUCGGCUCAGGUCAUGAUCUCACAGUCCGUGAGUUCGAGCCCCGCGUCGGCUCUAUGCUGACAGCCUAGAGCCUGCUUCGGAUUCUGUGUCUCCCUCUCUCUUUCUCUCUGCCCUUCCCCCCUCAUGCUCUGUCUGUCUGUCUCUCUCUCUGUCAAGUACAAAUAAACAUUAAAAGAUAGUUAAAAUGUGGGAGAUUUUAAUUUAAACAUGGAGGUGAGUCGCCUCCUCUCCUCAAGUGACACUAGAGCAAUGACAGGAGCAUAAGUAUAAAGAUAUUGGAAGGUAUGGAAGCUGAGAACCCAUGGUUGAGUGGUGAAGCCAGACAAAAACAGGGCUGGUAAUGCGGGGAAUCUGUAGGUAGGCUGACGUACUCCGGUUAACUGCAAAAUGCUUAGGAGUUACAACUACCACUAGCUCCCUCUCGGGGACGGUUGUAAAUGGGACUGACAACAGGAUGUUUGGUUUAAAGCCUGAAUAAGAAACAACGGCAUCUCCAGAGACUCUCCCUUCUCCUGUGCAAACCGACGACUGUCCCUUUCCCACACCAGAAUUCAAGGCUCUUCAUUCUGGGGAGGUUGAAGCAAGAAGUUUCUUGGGGACAAUAGACAAAACCGAAGGCAGCAGAAAAGCGAGGUGCCAAGUACUGGAUAAAAAGACGUGGCUCUGCUACCAAGGGCAACUCGUGCUUGCACUUCCUAGCAGAAGAUUGGUGCGUUCUUCUCUAUGGAAAUGAAAAUACAGCAAUAACCGAUACAAAUUCCUGAUGUGGAAGAACGGCUUUCUUCAUGCACCCAGGUGAUCUGACUUCAGAGCCUGUGUGCAGAACUACUACACUCUCCUGACUUACAUAAAAGGAGAGAAAAUACUCGAUGCUAACAGCUGGGGAACGGCUCAGCCUGCUCACCCACGGGGCUGCCUACGAGUUGACCCCCUCGUCAACCCUGCUUCUCAGUGCCUUCCUCUUCAGAAUGAGCGGUCAGCCACAAAUAACAAGGCGACCGAUGAAAGCCUGGAGUAGGGAUCAGAGACUCCAAAAUGAACACACAGGGAAAAAGCACUCAGGGAAACAGAAACACCGUAGGGAGCAUAAGAAAAUUUCAAAAAAAAAAACCCUAUAAAUUAAUACUCUCAGAGACAUCUUUGAAACAGACCAGGAGGUUUUAAAAGAAUGACUGUUCAAAAGACAACAAAGAACUCUUGGCUACUGAGCAGGGGGAGGUUAGUGGGGUUAUUCCACAUGCCCUCCGCUACCUGCCCACGUCUUGGCAUGUGCUCUGCACUGGGGAGCCGAGAGUUCUCCUGGCAUCUUCUUUCAAUUUAUUGUAAAUGUUUCAUAACUAGAAGAAAGUCUCCGAGGCUGGUAGUAUGAUGCCAGAGUUAUUUCCUGAUAUCAGUGCAGGUAAAGCAUUCUCUGAUUUUUGUAAUCUUGAGUGCCUCUGUGAGGUUUUAGGAAAGUGGGAUGUCUUUAAGUGUACCUAAACACUGAGUUCCUUGAAGUUGCCCUAUUUCCUUCUUAUUUUACCUGUGUGAUCACAUACGAAAUAAGAGUAUAUGUUACGUGAUUAUAUAGUAGCAUAUCAUUUUUUUUUCCUGUGAUUUGAAAACAUGCUCAUAGCCUGAACAUUGUUUUUCUUUCUAGAAAUGCUCGCUGACACUACCUUAAUGCUUCUAAAUGAUUUUUGGGGGGUUAGUCACAAGACCUUGCAGGAACAUUAACAGAAAAAUAAAACAUA